AUGAAUUCUCUCUUGGCUCGUGAUCGACAAGGUUAUAAUUGUUUGGAAGUAGCUAUUCAAGCUAACAAUAUUCCAUUUGUCAAACGUCUCUUUGAAUGCAAAACUAAUCAAUGGAAAAAAUUGAUGCGUAAUGCUCAAUUAAGUCAAAACGAUAAAUAUGUUGAUACUCCUAUGCGAAAAUUAGUCCGCUGUAUGCCCGAAAUAGCAUAUCAAGCACUCGACAAAUGUAAAAUGGAAACUAAUUUUCCAAAUGAAUAUGAUCAAUCAUUAUGUGAAAAACAGUUCGAUUUUGAAUUUCUCGAAGAUCAUUGUCAUAUUAAAAAAUGGCAAUCCGGUAAAUCACGUAAUUUUCAGAAAAAGCAAAAGAAGAUCAGUAAGAGAAAUUGUUUUAAUUGUUCGGGUGAGUUACAUUUUGUUUGUGACGAGUUACCCAGAGGAUCGGAUGAUGACUUCGGAGAACCAUACUCUGAUGAUGCAUAUGUUCUUGUCAAAAAUCAUGUUCUUUCAAUAAUUGCUGAGCAGGCUAGAGAUAGUGAUAAAACAGAUGAUACUAUUGUGAAACUUCAAACAAAAUUACUUCGACAUCCAACAUGUCAAAAGUUAAUGAAUCAAAAAUGGCAUCACUUUGGAGUUCCAAUCUUUGCAACCUGUUUUAUCGCCUAUGUACUAUAUUUAGCUCUCUUUACUUGGACUGUUCUUCGUCACACUGAUCCAUAUCAAUUCUACAAUGCCACUGGUGUUCCUUUUUCAAAUGAUAGAGAAUGUGAAAAAGUGGCACAUUUAAUCCGAAAUGGAACAUACAAUAUGACACAAAAGCCUAGUUGGGGUUUGAAGACAUCUACGGAUCGAGCUCUAAAAUAUACUAUUUAUGUGCUUCUCUGGUUACAUGUAAUUAAAGGACUGCUUUUUAUUCGUAUCUAUCAAUUUCGACUAGUUUUUCGAUUUUAUGCUGAAACGAUUUCUCUAGUUCUUGGUUUUAUAUUUUUAUAUGAUACCAGACCAUGGCAAGAAGAUGUCACACUCCGUUGUUUCGUUCAAUGGCAAGUAGGUGCGUUUGGUCUCUUUCUGUCAUGGUCCACUCUACUUGUUUACAUUCGAUCUUUUCCAUUGAUUGGUCUUACGGUAGUUAUGCUCGAGGUUGUUAUUCGUCGAUUCAUCUGGGUGACUCCUGUUCUUCUCGUUCUUAUUUGCUCUUUUUGCUUCUCUUUCUUUAUGCUCCUACAAGAGCAAGUUCCCUUCAGUAAUGUCGGUUUUGCUUGGAUGCGUACAGGUUAG